UUUUAGUAAUCUUAUGUUGGUAGCGUGCGCAUUAAGUAAUUACCGACAGAGCUGGAAAGUGAAUAUAAUCAACGGUGACAUAUCAAGAAACAUGAUAGUAUCUCGUACGAACUAUAUGCAUAAUUAUUAAAAAAAACUGUGAGUGAUAUCAAAGAACACAUUAAAUUGAAACAUUAUAAUGUAUGUGCUACGAUUCUAAUCAUAUUUUUGCAUCUGUUUAUGUCUAAAUAUAACCUAUAAUCACAGCAACAGUGAGUACGUGUUGUUAGAUUGUGCGAUAUGAAUUUACUUAUAAUAACUACUUUGGUAUGCAUCUCAUGUGAUGUUGUACCAUUUCUGAUCAAACUUAUAUUAUCGCGAUUAUACACGCGAAAAGAUUAUGAUCGCGAGUUAUGGGACGAACUAAAAAAUUUGAAACAACAAAUGGCCGAAAUUUCUAUGGUAAAUGAAUUUGCCAAGUAUGCUAAGCUUCAGCGCAAAUACAACAAAGCAGAAAGUAUCUUAAAAGACAACAUAAAACAGCGGCAAAAUUGGAGAUUAAAACUACAACUGUCCUUAACUUGCACCUUUUACGUGGUGAAUCGAAUAUUAAUAUUGUUAUUACUGUAUAUGUAUAACAAUGAGAUAGUAAUUAAUUUACCAAAGGAUAUACUAUGGCCAAUCCAAGAUUUAUUAAGCUGGCCAUCUCAACAUAAGAAUGGUAUUUCUCUAACAACUUGGAUCAUUAUUACCAACAUAGGAAUAUCCUCAUACAAAAAUCUUUGUGAUCUGAAGACUGUAUAAAUAAUAGAAUGGUUUAUAAUUUAUUAUCAAUUCAAAUAAUACUAAUAGCAAGUCGCUAUUAAACAUCUUUGUAAUUUAACAAGAAUUUAUCUUGUAAUGGAAUUCCAACUAUUAUUUAUCGAAUAAUUUAUAGAGGAAUA